AUGAGCUGCGACCACCGCUCGUGCGAGAACGACAUCGACUAUGCGCGCGGCUUCUUCGCCUUGCUCGGCCUCGAGUGGAAACUGCAUUUCACCUACGAAGACGGCAUUUUGGAGAUCCUGCGGUCGCGGCCACACCACGCGGCGCGUCUCGCUGGCAUGCAUGGGCCGAGGGGCCUGCCUGCCCCGUACUCAUGGGCGCCGAGAUAUCUGGCGCGUCUGCAGGGUCGGAUCUACGGCGGAUUCGAUGCCCAACUGGGCUCGUUGAUCGGUUAUUGGCAUACCGUGGUCGUCGAGAGGAUGGUGAAGAGGUUUGUCGCGGACACUGGGUCGUAUAACGGGUGUGUUUGUAAUUUGAUCGUCACCGAGGCUAAACACGGAGGAAACGAUCCUGAUCAGAUUCAGAUGGGCGCCGGCCAGAACAGUAGUAGCUGUCAUGCACUGCCGGUGGGUCAGGAAACGGAAAUCCAAAUCCAAUUCUACCCGGAGCAUUGGACGACGGAACUGGAAGACUGGCUCGAAAAGACAAUCCCGUCCGGCAAGGCGCGACUCCUGUGCGGUGAAGGAAUGGAUGUCAGCUACGACGAGAGCACCGAUCAACACGCCCGCAUCGUCCUCGCGGCAACAUCGACCAUCGGUCCCGUUGCGGAUUUGAAUCUGGAUGAUUGGGGGCCGGUUGCGGGAAGCGCGGUGGUCAAUUCACCAAGGUUAGGACGUGUUCGAGACGGGAAACUGCGUUGGUUUUUGGAAUAG